AUGCUGAGAUUGCAAGUUCUCGUCCUCAGAUCGAAUAAGUUCAAGGGGACCAUACUCUGCCCAGAGAAUCAUUCAGUUUGGCCACAACUUCAUAUUUUGGACCUUGCUUCUAAUCACUUCAGCGGCAGGCUCAGUGAUCAAACAUUUCUCAAGUUUAAAUCGAUGAUCGUUCAAUCAAUAGACCAAGGGCCAAGCCUUGAUCAAUUGCUUUAUUACUCCCCGAAUACUGAUGAUUACUAUGAAGAUGCAGAGGAGCUCACUUUCAAAGGUUAUACUUAUUUCUCGGAUAAUGCUUUCCAUGGUGAGCUACCAAAAGAGUUGGGAAAUCUAAAUGCUCUUAUCGUACUCAACUUUUCUCACAACUCCCUCUCAGGCAAUAUUCCAUCAUCAUUUGGGAAUUUGAGUCUUAUAGAAUCACUUGAUCUCUCUUGUAACUAUCUCAGUGGCAAGAUACCUCCACAAUUUGCAAACUUGAACUUCCUCGAGUACUUAACUUAUCUUAUAAUAAGCUUUCGGGAAAGAUCCCAACAGGAACUCAACUUCAGUCAUUCAGAAGGCAACCAAGGACUGUACGGUCCACCAUUGACACCCGUUCGUGGAAGACAAACUGAUCCAUCGAUUCCUUCACAAGGAUCAGAUUGGAGUUCAAAGAGCUGGUUAGAAUGGAUGAUCAGGGGUGCUGGAGUUGGGUUUCCAAUGGGAAUCAGCAUAGUCAUAUUACCUCUACUCUACAUCAAGAGGUGGAGGGAAUGGUACUAUAAACAUCUUAAUAUAGUGGUCACAAAGAUCCUGCGUAAGAAAGAUAACACGAGGGGAGAAGAAAGCAACGGAGGCAGAGACAGUAAACCCAAAACAAAACUGAAGGAUCCUACAUAA